GCUAUUGCAUUCUGUAAUUAUCUUAUUGUACAGAGCGCACAAUAAGUUGGCAUUGUCCAAGUGGAAUCCAUUGAAAAAGCUCGACGCAUAUCAAUUCAUAUUGUUACGGAGCACUCAAUAGAAUAAAAUGAAGUAGUGCACUCGGCACACACUGUUCAGUUGAUGUCUGAGUCUGGACACGCCAUGUGUUGGCUAGAGUUAUGUUGGUUGUUCUGGUUGCUGCACGCUGCCCAUGGACAAAGGAUUAUUGGUGGCCAGGAGACAAGCAUCAGCCAGGUGCCAUAUUUGGUGUAUAUGCGCCAGGGCGGCAGUUUUAUCUGUGGUGGCUCCCUGCUCACGCCUAGCUUUGUGCUAAGUGCUGCACAUUGUGUCUAUGGCGCCAGGGAGCAGGAUUACACUGUACAUGCGGGUGCCAGUCGACUGGCGCAAAAGGCGCCCGUGAUCCGUAAUGUUGUCCGUUUUCACAUUGCCCCAACCUACUCCCCCAGCAACUUCGAUAUGGAUGUGGCUAUGCUGCAGCUAGAGCUGCCUGUGCCGCUCACAGCUGGUCAAGUGGCCACAAUUACACCCUGCCAAUCGGCAGCGGCCGCUAAUAGAUACGUCCGGAUUAGCGGCUGGGGUGUGGAGUAUGAGAGCAGUCGCCAGCCAGCAGCCCAGGUUCGCACAGCUGUCAUCCGUGUACUUUCCCAUGUGGAGUGCCAACAGGCUUACGCUGGCCAGGCACAGCUCACUGAUUCCAUGAUUUGUGCCGCUGUGCGUGGCAUAAAGGACUCCUGUUCCGGCGACUCGGGUGGUCCAUUGGUCUAUCGCGGCGAGGUCUGCGGCAUUGUUUCCUGGGGAUUCGGUUGUGGGCACGCUGCCUAUCCGGGCGUCUACACCAAUGUGGCCAGCACGCGUGUAAAAACUUUUAUAGAUCAAACACUGAGAAAGCUUUAGCCAAUUCCGAUAACA